CGCAGUCCCACUCACACCAAACACAACCUGCAUAAAUCAACUAUAUUAAUAGCACACCAUCACACACUCAGAAAUCAGACCCACAACACUAAAUCUCAUAACUCUCCAACACUCUUGCAAGUUGCUAGCUGCUCCUCGCUCUCCAGGAAAGAGGAGCAACCGUAUCACUAGCUAUUCCAUUAGCAACUGUUCCAAGGUGAUAAUGGAGUACUCAACAGAGUUUCUUACAAGCAGCUUUGGCAGAGAGUUUGUAGCUGGAGGAUUUGGAGGCACAGCUGGUCUGAUCUCCAGCUACCCGCUGGACACGCUCCGCGUCAUCAUGCAACAGAAAUCCAACAGCGGCUCCGCCUUCAACAUCUUCAAGAAUGUGUUGGCCAAGGAAGGACCAACCGCUCUGUACCGUGGCAUGGCGAUGCCUUUGGGCUCUGUUGCUUUUCAGAACGCCAUGGUUUUUCAAAGUUAUGCAACUUUCACCAAGCUCUUUAGCUCAUCUUCCAAUGGCCCUCCUUCCAUGGUGAAUGUUGCAUUAGGAGGACUUGGCGCCGGUGCACUUCAAAGUUUAUUGAUGUCUCCUGUUGAGUUGGUUAAAAUUCGCCGUCAGCUGCAAAAUAGUACAGGCCAAUUGACUGAAACUGAAAAGAGUCCUCUUAGGAUUGCUAAGAAAAUUUGGACGAAUGAGGGUCUUCGCGGCAUGUAUCGAGGAUUUGGUGUCACUGUGCUCAGAGAUGCACCUGCUCAUACCUUCUACUUUUGUACCUAUGAGUACACAAAGGAAAAGCUUCACCCUGGUUGCAGGGAAAGUGGUCAAGAAAGCUUGGAUACUAUGUACAUCGCAGGAGGAUUAGCCGGGAUAGCGAGCUGGAUUUUCAACUACCCUACUGAUGUCAUAAAGACAAGAUUGCAGGCUCAAACACCUUCUUCUAUGAAAUACAAAGGUAUUGUGGAUUGUGUGCUGAAGAUCAUUAAAGAAGAAGGUCAUGCUGUGCUAUGGCGUGGUUUGGGAGCUACGCUUGUUAGAGCGUUUGUCAUGAAUAGUGCUAUAUUUCCUGCUUAUGAGUUCAGCCUUAGGUGUUUGUAUAAGAACUGAAGUUUAGAUCGAGCAUUAAUAUUUCAGAUGUAUGAAAAACUCAAGGGGGCAUCGUUUGUGGAUAUUUUAUUUUGGGGGAAUAUAGCAUGUUGGAUUUUUAAUAGCAAUAUAUGCAGGAAGCUAAUACAUAUUAGCUUUUUUGUGAACGAUGGUGUAAUAAAUUAAAUAAGAUUCUUAUAGAUCUGGAUUUGAUAUGUAGCUA